AUGGUACGGAAGAGCCUAUCGGAGAUCGAUACGAUAUUCGCCUCGCGAGGCAGCAGCACGAUCUCGAAGAAGGCAAACACGCGGCGACCCGAUAGUCCAGGGCCGUCGUCGGAAGGGGCGGAGCGAACGACGGCGAGUGGGCGAGGAGGGAGCGGAGUGUCGGACGGGAAAGUCCAGGGCUCUGGGGCCGAACGAAGGCCGGCCGGCCGGCCGGGCGCCAAGCGGAAAGCCGAGGAAGCGGAACCCCGACCGUCUCCCGUCGAGGUGCUCAUCGACCCUUCCCAAUCCCUGCUUCUUCCGACACCCAAUCUGCCCCCAGCUGGCAGCAGCAAGAAGAAAAGGAACACUCGAGCGCUUCCGGCUCAUCUCGAUCUAGACGAUGAACAGGAACGGGCCUUCCGCGACUCCAGAGGCACAAGAGCGAAAACUGAGGACGGAUUGGUGAUCUAUUCGGUCGAGGAACUCAAGAUCGGAUUAGGCCAAGACACGCCAGACUGUCCGUUUGACUGCCAAUGCUGUUUCUAA